GUCGCCAUGUGGGAACUCAGCCCCCUCCCUCUCGAUUCUCUUGUCCAUCCAUCCCACAAUUCCUUCCCCGAUCGAUCCCUUCCUUCUCCGAAUCCCUUUUUGUAGCCCAACAACGAUCGAAAAUCUGCAAUCUUUGGCCAAACCGCUAGCAAAAGUUGUGAUUUUUAACCUGUAAUCGCCUCCUCGGGAACGUCUAAAGAUUCGGUUUAAGGCUGCGGCUGUAGCAGGCAAAGCCCUCGCUUUUCCUCCCUUUGAUAAGCGGAGGAGUUGACAAAGUUGGGAUAAAGAGAUAAUUCGCGGGUUCUCGUUGACCGCCCUCCGUCCUCGGAGGUCGUGACGGGCCAUCGUCGCUCGCGGCCCGAGAAGAGAGGUUGGGUAGACAGCUGGUGCCUGGUGGCGGUCGUCUGCGGUGGCGUUGAGAAGAGAUGGAGAGGGAUUUCGAGACGAAGCUCCAGUUUCAGCAGCAGCCAGCGGUAGGAGGGGCUGGGAGCAAGGCGGUGCAGAGGACCAAUAGCAUUGCCUUCAGGGCGCCACAGGAACAAUUCACCGUCAAUGACUUCGAGCUGGGAAAACUCCUGGGCACCGGAUCCUACUCAAAGGUUGUCAAAGCCAAAAAAAAUGAUACAGGAAAUGUCUAUGCUUUGAAAAUUAUGGACAAGAAAUUCAUUGCAAAAGAAAACAAAGUAUCUUAUGUAAAGAUGGAGCGUAUAUUACUUGAUCAGUUGGAACAUCCUGGAAUAAUCAAGCUCUGUUUCACAUUCCAAGAUACUUACUCUCUUUACAUGGCACUUGAGUGCUGUGAAGGUGGAGAGCUAUUUGAUCAAAUAACCCGGAAAGGUCGUCUAACCGAGGAUGAGGCUUGCUUUUAUGCUGCUGAAGUUGUUGAUGCUCUGGAAUAUAUUCAUAGCAUGGGAAUAAUUCAUCGGGACAUUAAGCCAGAGAAUUUACUGCUGACUACUGAUGGACACAUUAAAAUUGCUGACUUUGGUAGUGUGAAGCCCACCAGGCAUGCUCAGAUAACGAUUCUUCCAAAUUCAGCAAAUGAAAAGGCUUGCACUUUUGUUGGAACAGCUGCUUACAUCCCUCCAGAAGUUCUUAAUUCUGCUCCAGCAGCUUUUGCGAAUGACCUUUGGGCCCUUGGAUGCACCAUAUAUCAAAUGCUUUCUGGUUCAUCUCCCUUUAAAGAUGCUAGUGAAUGGCUUAUAUUCCAAAGAAUUAUAGCGAGAGAUGUCAAAUUUCCUGAGUACUUUUCAGACGAAGCAAGAGACCUUAUAGAUAAAUUAUUGGACACAGAGCCCAGUAAAAGACUAGGUGCUGGACCUGAUGGCUAUGCUCCCCUCAAGAAUCAUCCUUUUUUCAAAGGGAUCAAUUGGCAGAAUUUGCGGAAGUUGCCGGCACCAAGACUUGCUCUAGAGAAGAAAAUCAGUGUGGAUUUCGACAUUCAAGAUACUCCAUGGAACACUGCACAUAUCGGAGAUGCUACUGCUGACCAACAGAACAUACCCGAUGCAAAUGUUGGUUUCGCCUCUUCUUCCGAAGCACAGUCUCAUAUGUCUCGGCUGGCUUCUAUUGAUUCCUUUGACUCUAGAUGGCAAGAGUUUCUGAAGCCCGACGAGGCUAUUGUCAUGACCUCGAAGCUGAAGAAAAUUCGAAGAUUGACUAACAAGAAAGUGCAGCUCAUCCUUACUGACAGUCCCAGGUUGCUUUCUGUGGAUCCAUCCAGAAUGACUGCGAAAACUAGUAUAGUUUGGUCCAACGACCCCAAUGAACUCAACGUCCAAGUAGCGAGUUCCUCGAGUUUCAAGAUCUGCACCCCGAGAAAGGUGAGUUCUUUUGAGGACCCGAAACAGCGGGCAUGGCAAUGGAAGAAGGCGAUCGAAGGACUUCAACAGCGAUGAACUUGCAGAUUUCUUAAAAGAUAUUUCUAGUUACCCAUACAGAUUCGACUAUCCAAUACUAAUUGUAGGAAAAGAAUUUAUUUGCUUCCUCCCUUUUUGGCUGCAAUUGGCAAAUGCAGGUGUUUGUAGGAUCGUAUUGAAUCAGGAUAACCAAGCAUCCGCUCAUGUACAACGAUAGAGACAUCGAGUCUUAUCAUUCUUUUAUGAGAUCAUUGUUUUUCUGUAAUCCUGUUGAUGAACUCUGGCCUUGAACAAUUUGUUUUUCUUCAAGUCAUUCCUUCGAAAAAGAAGAUUGUGAUAUGAUAGAUCAUCUAAUGUUAUUGCA